AUGAGACGAGAUGAUAUAGGGAUUGCCUUAGAACAGGGGCACAGUAACAAGAAGAAAAAGCAGAGUGUGGGAUAUGGAACGACUGUGAUUUUUUCUGAUAUACCUUUUAUAUUCAUAUCUUUUAUUUGCAGACCAGUCAUAGCUUCCCGUCCAUCUUUGCCGCUAUGGAUGAUUGCCCUCAUUGUGUUUGGAGUAUUGGCAAUCCUGGGAAUAACUAUUGGUCUCCUGGUUCAUUUUCUGGCAGUAGAAAACACGACCUACUAUUACCAAGGUAGCUUUAAAGUGUUGGAUAUCCCAUAUAACAGAAAUUAUCAAAAAGAGACAUCACUGGAAAAUAACUAUCUUAGCAAAAUUCUUGAGACUAAGAUGGUUGAUGCAUUUCAAAGUUCUAGCAUUUACAGACAAUAUAUUAAUUCUCAAGUCAUCAUGCUGAUUCCUCAUAACAGCAGUGUCACCGCACAUAUAUGGUUGGUAUUCAAGGCUCCCAGAUCAAUGAAGGAAAAUACAAGAAGAAGAAUUGAAAGCGUCUUACGCCAGAUGCUGAGGAACCAUGCAGGCUCUUUGACUACAGAUCCUAAUUCUCUUAGGCUCAUGGAAAUCAGUAAGGUUGAUGCUGAAAAGAUUAUCAACAACCGCUGUGGGAUACGAGCAAGGAUGUCAGCAACAUAUGAUAGAAUCAAGGGAGGUUCCAACGCUCAGAAAGGAGAAUGGCCGUGGCAAGCAACUCUCAAAAAAAAUGGCCAACACCACUGCGGGGCAUCUUUAAUCAGUGAAAGAUACCUGGUGACUGCAGCACACUGCUUUCAAAAGACAAAAAAUCCAAAAAACUAUACCGUCAGCUUUGGCACCAGAGUAAAUCCCCCUUACAUGCAACGUUAUGUUCAACAAAUUAUUGUUCAUGAGGACUACAUCCAGGGUGAACAUCAUGAUGAUAUUGCGGUUAUUCAGCUCAGUGAGAAAGUCUUAUUUCAGAAUGAUGUACAUCGAGUUUGUCUUCCUGAAGCUACACAGGUUUUUCCACCAGGUGAAGGAGUUGUUGUUACAGGAUGGGGAGCGUUUUCAUAUAAUGGUAAAUACCCAGAGGUACUUCAGAAGGCACCUGUGAAGAUUAUUGACACAAACACUUGUAAUGCUAGGGAAGGAUAUGAUGGUUUAGUAUCAGACACAAUGUUAUGUGCUGGGUACUUGGAAGGAAAUAAAGAUGCCUGCCAGGGUGACUCCGGAGGACCACUAGUUCAUCCCAAUUCUCGAAAUAUUUGGUACCUUGUUGGAAUAGUGAGCUGGGGAGAAAAAUGUGGUGAAGUCAAUAAGCCAGGUGUCUAUAUGCGAGUGACUGCUUACCGCAACUGGAUUGCCUCCAAGACUGGUAUCUAAGAGAAAAGCAUCUUUAGCAACUAUCUGAAGUCGUUUUUGCCUGAGGUUACUCUCAACCUUAUUUAGUAUGCAUUUUAAAUCAGUGUGUAUAAUGGCUGUUUUGAAAGAACUGUGGCCCCAAGGGAAUAUUUAUGAACUUUAAUUUUAAGCAAACUUGCAAAACAACAAAUCUCAUAUUUAGUCAAGAAGGCCUAAACAAAGAAAGUGCUCCUAUCAAAAAGGACUAUUACUAUUUCUCUAUUGCAUGAACCCACAUCAUGGCUGUGUUGCCAUAGCAUAAAGCUCUUGGUUUUAGUCGCUCAGACUUUCUGGAAUUAUGAAAAUAUAUCCUUUUCCAUUGUAAGUUAUCUGGCAGCGCUAGGAGAGACUGAAACUAACACUUUCUGAGGGUUGGGUUGGAAGGUGCUCUCUCUGCCUUCAUGUCAUAGCAUUUGAGGAAAGGGUAUGGUAGUAAACUGAUUCUGGCCAGAACUGAGGCACCGAAUUAGAGUCUCUUGUUUGUACGAGGGUCUUCAACUCUUGAAAUCACUGUGAAACAAUUUUGCCAUCAGCAAAACUCAGCAAAACACAUUUUAGACCU